AUGAAAGAAAAACUAAUAACAUUAUGGAAACAAAACAUUAUGUUGAAACGCCUAGUCAACUAUAUUUUGUAUUCGAAGCAGAAUAAAUAUGUUCGAACCUAUAGACAAUCAAAUAUGAUUCUAAACAAAGAUAAUAAAAAUGUGUGGAAUAAUACAAAUAGUGAAGACUUAAACAAGGUGGAUUCUAAACAAAAUAAUGAAUAUAAAGUAAAUGAAGAAGAAAAACAAAAAAGUGAACAAAAUAUAUAUAAAGAAAUGACAAAGAAAUUAUAUAAAAAAUAUAAUUAUUAUGAAAUUGGGAGUAAUCCACAUAAUAUUAAUCAAAAUUGUAAACAAAAUUAUUCAUAUAUAAGCGAAUUAAAUAUCCAUAAAAUGUUAUUAUUAGGUUUAAAAAAAUUAAAUAUUACAAAACUUAAUGAUAUGCAAAUUAAUACCUUGCUUACUAUCCAACAAGGGAAAGAUGUCCUUUUAAAUUAUCCUGAUGGAUCAGGGAAAACGUUAGCUUAUAUUUUGCCAAUUUUAAACAAUAUUUAUUUUAUUCAUGAUUAUUUAGAAAAAAUUAUUUUAGACUAUUACGACAAUACUGAAAAUAGUUCAAUUUCCCAAAAUUAUAAGUCAAAUAAUAAACCCAAUAUAUAUGAGGAAAUGGGAAAAUAUUUGCUUAAAUACUCUCAUUAUAAAAAUAAUGCCAUUUUGGAAGACAAUACUAUUGAAGUACAUAAAAAAAUGAAUAAAAAAGAAAAUGACAAUUUUAAUUUACUUCCAAAAAAUUUUGAAAAGGACUUACUAAAUAAAAAUGAUAACGAUAAUUAUAAAUAUUCCACAAAACGUGGUAGACAUUCCAAAAAAAGCGAAUCUAUUUCGAAUCAAAUAAAUUGCCAAAAUGUAGAUUUAAAUAAUAUUAGUAUUAUGAACAAAUUAAUUGAAAUUAUAAAAAUCAAUAAUAUCAAUUUAAGCAAUUUAAAUAGUCUUGAAAAAAAUAAAAGUGAGUUACAAAUACUAAAUAAUAUUCUAAAAAAUGGAAAAUUCGAAAAAAAAAAAAAUUCUCCAAAUAAUAUAAAUAUAUAUGAACAAACUUAUAGAUAUUUAAUUCAAAAUCCAUUACAAAUGAAUAAAACUGUAAUCAUAAUAACAAUAAAUAAAGACAACAUUACUCAAAUUAUUAAUUUUAUAAAAAAAAUUGAUAUAUUAAAUAGAAUUAAUAUUCAAACAUUAAACGAUGUUCCAUUCGUAGAUAUAGAAAAAACUAGCGAAAAGGAAAAAAGAAAUUAUGAUACAUCAGAGCCCAAACAUAAUAAUAAUGAUUAUACCCAAUUUGAUGUUGCUAAUUUACAAGUUGAAAACAUAAAUUAUCUUAACAAUCCAGUUUUAUGUAAUAAAGAAAUAAUGUGGUUAGUUGCAGAUAUUUUAAUAACAACACCAGACAUAUUUCUUAAUUCAUAUAAAAAUAUUGGAUUUGAAAAAAAUUCAAAUGAAGCUAUAAUUCCAUCAAUUAUAAUUUUUGAUGAAGUAGAUAUGCUUUUCCAAAAUAAUGCUUAUAGAAAUACAAUGAUGAAUAUUUUUCAAAUUAUAAAAAAAAGACCAGAAAUAUAUAACCCACAUAUAAAUAUAAGUGAAAAAAAUAUUGAAAAUAUAAACAAAGAAAUAGAUAAUAUUUUAUUAAAUAAUUCUAAAGACAAAAAAAAUGAACUAAAUAUUCAUACCGACAUUGAUCCAAAUCAAAAUAACAAUUUUAAAAAUAAUGAAAAAUCUUUUAUUCAACUCAUUUUUAUAUCAUCUACUUUACCAUCUGUUGGCCAUACUACAGUUGGAAGUAUGUUAAAUGAACGAUUUAGCAACUUGGUUGAUAUAAUAAGUUGUUUGAAUUAUAAAAUUCCUAAAAAUAUACAAACACAAUGGAUAGAAUUAAAUAAAGAAAAAAUAAUUAAUUUAUAUUUAUUCAAUACACAAUAUAAAAAUAAUAAAAUCGAAGAAAAUUUACAAGAUUUAUCUUUAUCAAAUAAAAUAAAUCAACUCGAAAAUUAUUCUUUUGAACAUAGACUUGACAUUUUAAUUUAUAUUUUAAAAAAAUAUCAUGAGUUAACAAUGGAACAUAUCAAAUUAUAUGAUGGUAUAAAAUAUUCGAGUGGAAAAAAACAAAAUGAAGGGGAAAAUGAUUUCAAAAAUUUUGAUAACGAUUAUAAUAAAAAAUCUAAAAUAUUAAACAAUAAAUUUGAGUUAAUAUAUAAAUUUCCAAUUUAUAAAACAAUUGUAUUUGUAAAUAAUGUAAAAGAUUGUUUUAAAAUAUAUAAUUUUUUAAAAAAACAUAAUUGGCCUGUAUAUAAUUUUCAUAAAAAUUUAUCUUUAAAUUCUAGAAUACAAAGUUUACAUAAUUUUUCAAAUGCAAACAUUGGAAUUUUAAUAACUACUGAUUUGUUAAGUAGAGGUAUUGACACAAAAAAUGUUGACCAUAUAAUUAACUUUCAUUUUCCAAGUGACGUCAUUACAUAUCUUCAUAGACUUAGCAAAAUAAAUCGUUUAAAUUCUGAUAUUCAAAAUUUUAAAUCAGAAAAAAUUAACAUUAUUUCAUCUCACCGUAGGCUAUUUUUUGUGACUAAUUUUAUUUCUUCCACAAAUACACAAUUAGCUAAUUCAAUCAAAAAAUUUGACAAUAAUAAUAUAAGUUUGUUAUCAUUAUUUUCUAGAAAAAAAUCUUUUAAAAUGAAAAAUAAAAGAAAAGACCCUAAAACAAAUGAAAACAAAAAAUACAUAGAUGUUGAUUCAAUUCAAAAUAUUGAACUAGACAUUAAUGACGCGAAACUUAAUCAAAUGCUUCAAAUUAUUUCUAAUGAAAAGGAUAAAGAAAGCAAAAACUCAGCAAUACUUUCACCACCAAACCAGCAAAAUCGACAAAACCAACAAAGCCACAUUUCUAAGUGUGAAAAAAACGAUUAUUUUCAUCAAAAUGAAAAUUAUUCAAAUUCUUCUACAAUAGAUACUACAACAUCGGCGUAUUCUAUUGACUCGAAAAAUCCACAGGUUCAGGCCCCUUUUACAAUGUUCUCUUUAAAUCAAGAUGAAUACAAAAGUGAUGACGAAAGUGACGAGGAAUGUUUAGAAAAAAAUUAUGCUAACUCAAAGUACAAUAUCUAUCAAAACAUAGUAUGUGAUGUCAAACGAUCAUAUAAAGAAACCCAUAAUUUUAGUAACAAAUAUUCUGAGGAAAAAAAUAUUAAACUUCCGUCAUGGGACAAUGUUCAAUUUGAUCAUCAAAAAUAUGUGAUUGAACGAUUUAAAAAUAAAGAGUGUCAUUUGAUUGGCCAGGUAAAAAGAGGAAAACUUAUUUUGAACAAUUUCGAAAGUAAUAACAAUGACGAUGAUUUGUUAUUUUAA